AUACACUUUAAAUAAACUUAUUCUUACGUUAAAGAUUGAUUCAAUAUUCUAUUUUGUAAAGACAGAAGGAUUCAAGCCAUUUCUCAAUCAUUCAAGUUAUACAAGCACAAAAAGUUUGGACUAAACUUGAUAACAAAAUGCUUUUUAAUUUGUUUUUACUUGUCUUACAUAAAGGUUGAAAAUCCGCAAAAAAUGUCAUUCUUAUAAAACGCCCAUAAUGAAAAUGAUGAAAAUGAAUUAUCAUAUUAAAGCUUGGAUAAUAGGACUCUUUGUUAUCAUAACAACAUUACCUGCACAAUCUGCACUGUGCACCUACCGGCAGGUAGUUGGUUCCGGGGACAUUGAUGCAGCCAAUGUGAAUUCUCCAGACUCCCUAGACGCAAAUAUCACAAUUUUGAUGGCAAAUCCCAUUGGAACAAUCCAGUGUUGUGGAAUAAUAAUAGCCUGGGAAAUGUAUAUGGAAGGACCUGGGUGGGUAAUAGUUCAGGUUUGGAGACGUGUUGUAGAAGAAAACAAGUAUAUGUUGCUGGGUCAAAAUGCAGUGAGACAUAAAUCAAAUGGCAUUUCUAAAGAAGGUCGAUCUAUAUCGAACAAAAAUGCAAUCCAUGUUAAACCAGGCGACACAAUUGGGUUCGUACAAAAAGACGUUUCAAUUUUACGCUACACAACUUGUGACCCGGUUUCACCAACCGACCCCAGUGUGUGCGCAGAGGAUCAACUGGUAAAUACAAAUGCACUGGAAGCAUCAAUUGGUGACGCUGUUGAAUUUGUUACUAAACAGUCCACGCAUCUUGGCAUUUCUGACGUCAGAGGAUAUGCUUUAAAAGCUUACAUGAACAAAAAGAGCUCAGUGAGUUGCACAGACAAACACAAAACUAUUUCAGACACGCUGGAUGUUGGUGAACACGUGAUCAACUUGCACGUUGAAAAUAUGGACAUGCACGAUCCGGAUUCCUCAAUUAAAUUUGUUUCAAAUGACCAAUCAUUACCUGUUGCAAUAGAUUCUAAUACAGGUGAAAUAACAGUGUCUGGAGAGCUGUCCCCUGACUAUCCCUCAACUCUGUAUGAACUAACAGUUGAGGUUUACGAUUCUUGUUCUGACAGCAGCAGCACCUGCGCUAUCAAUAUUACUGUUAAUAACGACCCUAAGCCAAUAAUAUUCAAUUCGCUUCCGAGUAGCAUCGAGUUGUCAGCCUUGGAGACAGGACACGUUUAUGACUUCACAAUAUCACGGCAACGUGAUGUAGACAAUGUUGACUGUUACGUACAUUCUACAUUUCCAGACCAUGCGACCUUUGAUAUAAGAAAUAGAAGUAAAACAGAUUACAGUGUGUACCUUACAAGGACACCAUUAAUAUCCGACAUAUUACAAUGGAGUACCUACACCGUUGUGCUCGUUAUUUCCUGCGAAAGUACCGAGGGACAAUAUAAUCAAACAACUUUAUCAUUGAUAUUCGACUCUGACAAAAGUAAGAAUGAUAAAUUACAAAAACAGGUUAAAAGCACAUUUCAUAUCCGUUUCUCUCCAGAUAUACAUGUUAAAAUUGAUAAUGCAACAUAA